GUCACAGUUGUCAUCUAGCCGAGAGAAACAUGGCGGCUUCCAUGGUUAGGUGGCUGCGAGGAUUGUACGUCUUCUUCUUGACGUGCCUCUUUUCUGUAUUCGCGUUCUUAAAUUUAGAGGAAUUAAACGAAAUGAAAUAUGGAAUUCAGAUUUUAUCAGAUCCUGUAAUCAUGGGCCAGGCGCAGUCGGAGGAUGUGAUGCUGGUCAGCAGUAAGUUCAAGCAGCGUUACGAGUGCCGCCUGCCUGCCCAGGCCCUCCUCUUCCAGCCCCACUCGCCCAGCGAGGCCCCUCCCACCAGCGCUAACAGCUACAGUGGGCCAACCAUCUCCGAGCUCUUGCAGCCAAUGAGCAACGCUCCCUGCCUCAUUAAGACAAAGGACUGGUGGACUUAUGAGUUUUGCUAUGGAAAGCACAUAAGACAGUAUCAUCUAGAAGAUUCAGAGAUCAAAGGUGAUGUCCUGUUCCUCGGCUACUACAGCUCAGAGUUUGACUGGACCAACGAGACAGCUAAGGCCUCUAAACAGCACCGGCUAAGGCGCUACCACAGCCAGGCGUAUACCAAUGGCUCCAAGUGUGACCUCAAUGGUAACCCCAGAGAAACCGAAGUCAGGUUUGCAUGUGAGGAAGGCUCAGUGGACUACAUAGCCCGGGUGGACGAGCCUCAGUCCUGUCGCUACGUGGUGACCAUCCAAACCAGCCGGCCCUGUUCCCACCCCUUCCUGCGCCCGCCCCCUUCCACACGGCCACAGCCAAUCAUCUGCCAGCCUGCUCUCAGCCCCCAGCAGUACAUGGACUAUGUCAAGGCCCAAGUCUCGGACACCAAGCGCAAGGUGGAGCAGAUAUCUGAGGAGCUGAAGACCCUCGAUGAGAUCUUGUCUAAAGAUGAGGGAACAGAUGCAGAUGGUGCAGCUGAGAUGACUGAGGCGACGGUGGAGUCUAUAGAUACGGAGACUACAGAAUUCCAACCAGAAGAGAACAACAUCUUGGAAAGUGAAUCAAAGCCCGUUGACCAGCCAGAAGACCCAGAGGCUCAGCCUGUUGCUGAAGAUGUUUCCCAGGGAGACCAGCUGCAGGAUAAUGAAGUGUUUGGAGAAGAGAAGUUUAAUUUCAGGAUCAUCUCCGAUCCUGCUGACCUGAUGAAGUUUGUGCAGCACCUACGUGAAAGCAGUCAGAGGUCAGAAAGUGAGGAGGAGGAUGACGAGCAGCCUGCCCUGAAGGAGAAGACUGGAGCGAAAGAGGGGCGAGGAGGAGCAGGAGACACAAAGGAGGAAGAGGGUGACGAGGACGAACGCCUGCUCCAGGAGUUUGAGGAGGAAAUGGCCGAUGUGUCCAUCCCGGCCGAGAAACGCAAAGAGAUCAAAGAGGAGAUGCAGAAAGAGUUCAGUAACAUUAUAGAUGAGGCCCAGCAGGAGCUAGAGUCGGAGGGCCUGAAGGGAGAGUUUGACCGCUCCCAGGCCACACACACACUGGAGAACACACUGGACAAGCUCCUGGACCGCCUGCAGGACAAGGGCGACGAGGAGCCAACACCCACUCACACUCAUACUCACACUCACAGUCACAGUCACACACAAACACAGACACACACACACUCACAGACCCCAGCAGAGGACCAGACGGAUCAGACUGACCCUCAGACGACCGAGAAAGAGAAACACCCAGACCCAGCCAGCCGUGUUCCUAAACACCCAGUGCGUGGGCAGGUUGCCGAGGGUGACCAGGUGAAAAUCAGGGUGACAAAGUAUAAGCUCGGCUCUGUGGCCGCGGGGGAAAAGGACGAGGGCAAGGAGUUGGGGGAGAGCGACCCCCAGUGGCAGCAGAUACAGGAUGCAGUCAAAGAGCAGCUAGAGAAAGCAGGCAUCAAAGCGCAAGGAAAGAUCGAGGUGAAGAUCCUGAGCCGUAAGACAGUGGAGGAGGCAGGAGACCAGUGGUUGAGUGAGGAGGACACAAAAAGCUUCAGAGAGCUACUCAUCAAUCUGCUGACCGGCGGUACUGAGGAGGUCUACAAAGAGCAGAAGCGACAGCAGGAACUAGAGGACAAUUACAAGUUUGUGUGGGGCAGGGAACAACCCGACGACAGCCAAUCAGCAGCCUCGUCAGACGGCCAGACCACAGUAGUGGCAGACACGGACGACUUGGAGCUCUGACUUCUCUCGCUCUCCUGCCGGACUUUUGCGGAGUUCUUUUUCUCCCUCUCAAGAUCCAAGUGACUGCACCCCACAACCCCAUACUCCCCACCCCAAAAAAGCUGCCUACUUUCUGUCUGCCCUCAAGCUCAUGGCCCUUGUGAGUCUACCUUACAGACGACUGUAACUCGCCUGCGUUGAUAUUACCUUAAUUUAUGUCUGUAUAAUUUUAGCUUUCAUAGGCACACCUGUCCUUGGGUAAGGUCUGCAGGGCAUCAUGGGAAAUGUAGUUUAAAGAAAUGUUGGUGAGGUACAACACUAACUUGGCUACUGGAAAUAGGUAUUGUGGGGCUCUGUCCCUCCCUGUAAAGAGACAUACAAAUCAUCAAUACUUGCACUGUUUUGCCCUCGCUUGCACAUUUAAAUCUGCUGGAAUGUGAAGAGUAGUUCUUGAUACCAGAUUGAAACAUGUUGCGUGUCACAUUGUGUCAAAGGGCUUUUCUAUGUAAACUUGUAUAUAAUUCUAGUUUGUUAGUCUGUACAGAAUUGUCUUUGUGUGCGUGUGUGGCUGAUGCCAGAUCAUAGCUGGGGGACAGUAGGAGCACACCGGCUUGUGUUGGGGGUCAAGAUGAAAUAAUCAUUUGUACAUUUUUGUAUGCUGGGGAAAAAUGGUCCUGUCGUUUCAGCUCUUCUGUAAAAUGCUUUCAUUGUAUCUCUUGUGAGAUUGUAAUUUAAUAAAAAAUGUACAUAUGAUCACAA